AUGGCCUUGGAAGCCCCUGUUGUUUGGACGCACACUGGCCACAACACUCGCCAAGUAACAUCACCUUUCUCUCCGCGUAGGCAUUUCAAUGGUCUGGCAUUGGAUCCCAAAAUUCUGUGCACAAACGCUAUGCCAGCCGUCAGUGAAGUUAGAAAUGUUAAUGGAAUUGAAGGUGUUGGAAGUCUUAUGCAUAUAACCAUGGCUGAAAGUGCAGGAGGUGGUUUUAAAAGGGUGAAAAUUGACAAAAUCGACCAUGCUGAGAUGAAGUAUCGUUAUAGUGUGGUCGAUGGUUCAGAUUUUGACCAUGAUAUGACAGAGAAAAUUAGUUACCAGGUAACGGUUGAGGCUGAUCCAAAUGGUGGUCCUGGUUCCGUUGCUACCAUCAAAGUCAAACACUACUGGAGACACUUUGGAAAAGGCUUGGAUCUCUCAGAUGAACAGGUGCUUGAGCAAACUCAUAUGCAAGGAUUUGAUGUUUUUGAUGACGCUGAGAGGAAACAAUAUCCUGUUCUGGAACAACGGGUGGAUAGGAGACUAUCCUCUUAG